CUUCCGCCUCCGCCGCUUCCUUCCUCUUCCUCCUCCGCGCCGGCGCGACACCUUCCCCCUCUCCCUGUGCCUCGCCCGAGCCUCCGCGGCCGCUGCGAUGGCCUCGUCGUCGGAGACGAGGGAGGUGCUCAUGCUGGAGGCCCCGCCGCCUUCCGACCCCGCGCUGGCGCCGUGGCGCUCGCCGCCGGACGCGGAGGCCGUCGACGCGCUGCCCUACAUCGACGGCGACUACGGCGACCCGACGGUGAAGCGGGAGGUCGACCGCCUCGUGGAGGAGGAGAUGCGGCGCGGGCAGCGCAAGCCCGCCGACUUCCUCCGGGACCUGCCCCCAGUCCCCACCGUCGGAUUUGAGAAUCAUCCUAUGCUUGCUAAAGAGUACGAACGAGUUAGGGCUGGCAAACCUCCUUUCAUGUUAGAUAUGUCUCGCUAUGGUUUGGAGCCGCCUCCAAUGAACAAGAGGAAUGAUGUUGCUGCCUGGAGGCAGGCUCUACGGAAUGCACAGAGCCAGUUGCAGCAUCAAAUUACAAGGAUAGAGAAUCUUGAGCUUAUGCUGAAAUAUGGUGUUGAGGUUUGGAAGCUGCAGAACCGACAAAUGGAAUCAGUUCUGUCUAGGAUGCAAAAGACGGCUGUAGAAUACAAUGAAAAGAUAGAGACUGUCAAUCGUGAGAGGAAGUUCCACCAGCAACACACUGGAGGUCAGCUCCAUGCCCUGACAAUGGAAUGGCAGGAGCUGUGUCAAAAAAACAUAGCUAUUCAGGCUGCUUGUGUUGACCUGCAGAACCAGAUUGAUCAGGUUAAACUUGAAGCAAAAGAAUUGGGAAUGCCCAUGGAAGACAACACUGGAACCAAUUCACAAGCAUCAUGAGGGAUUUGAGAUACAGAUGUGGCAAGGAAGAAGGUACGGCACUUCAAUGAGAUUGGGAGCUGGAGGUUCCAUUAGCCAUUUUGCUUAUGUGACUUACAGUUAUCGAUUCCACCAGGCUGUUUGACAUUGAAAACAUAUUCGUGGACAGUGCCUAGCGAUCCAUCACUUGAAGGCGAUCUGUGCUGCUGAAAAUGCCUCAAAGAGGAAGAGUCUAAGUUUGUGUAUCUGUUGUCCAUUGGAGUGCCCUAACCCGUGGUAUGAGUAACACAGCACUCAUUUGUAUGUCUAUUUCGAUUGCAAUAGUUUGUCGACUUUUUGUGGCUUAAACUUGUAGCACAGCAUUUGAGUUUUUGUUUUACCUGAAGCCUUCUGCUGUUAAGUUUUGCUUGUUUCUGAACAUAUCUAAUGCGAGAUCGUUGGAGGCCUUCUCAGGGGUGUAAUCGUUCA